CAUUGGCAUCGGAUUGAUAACAACAAUUUCAGUUUUUUUCAUAUUUUGAGAUUUGAGAAGAAAAUGAGAAAAAAGGCGUAAUUCAAUCAUCAUCAGUGAAUUUUUUAAUUUGUAAAUAGUUUCAUAAGAAUGGAAAAAGAUAGAAUAUUUUUUUCUCAAAGAGAGCUCGAUGAUGUAGCUCAACGACUGAUCGGUAGCGGAUCACAUUAUCGCGAAAACAUCAUCAUACCGAGACUUCUAGGACCCGUUAUCAUCAAAAGCAGAGAAGAAAAGCUGAUCGAAGCCGCAAUGGAAAGUUGCGCUUUUAAAUCUGGAAUCAGUUGCGUUUUAGGUUACGGUCUCGGUUUGGUUAUAGGACUGUUUUCAUCCAGUGUCAACCCCAACAUCGGAUUUGGACCAGACGCUAAAACACAAACAGUUCGAGAGAUAUUUCACGAUAUUAAAACUACAAGUCACAGCUAUGGAAAAAAUUUCGCCUUUGUUGGAGCAAUUUUUGCGGCAUCAGAAUGCGCCGUAGAAUCUUACAGGGGUAAAACUGAUUGGAGAAAUGGAACUUACGCUGGGGCUAUUACUGGAGGAUUAAUCGGAUUGAGAGCUGGAGUAAAAGCGGGUAUCGUUGGCGCAGCUGGGUUCGCAGUAUUUUCGACCAUCAUCGACUAUUACAUGCAUUCAUAAACGUUAUUCAGAUUACACGUCUUAAAUUCUGUCCCAAAAUCUGAAUUUCCUGAAAUGAAAUAUAUUCUCGCCCUGAGAAUGGAAUAUUUCAAUAAAGCAUUUUGCAGUUCGAAAAAUGCUUAUAUCGUAGUAAGUUAUUGAACAUUUUCAUUUUGAUCCAUUUUGAAAGUUCAAUGAACGUAGAUUGUUGAUCAAUUGAUCAUGUGUUUUUCUUGUUACCUGUUAUGAAUUAUUGUCGUUUAUAAAAUGAACA